UGUCCCAGCUGUAGUAUCUCCCAGCCCAGCCUGUGAAAUGGACAACAUCUACGGCAACUCUGAAAUAGUGUUCUCUCACCUGGAAGGGAGGCAAGAUUCAGGCUUCUUCAAAGGAUCUCAGGAUAUCUAUGCUAACACUGUCGAACAGGAGUCAGGAGGGAAACAGAGCUCUUCUAUUGAACACACAGGCUCCUCUCCCCCGUCAGGAGCAGAGAAGAGUGGCGCCCCCUGCAGGCACCUCCUGGUCCUGCUAGCGGUGCUCUGCCUUGCUCUGCUGGCUGGCCUUAUUGCUCUUGGGAUCCUGUAUGUUCAGAAAAGCAACAGAUCAGACUCCCUGGAGGAAAGGAACCGUACACUCUCCGUCAGCCUAGCGGGGACUGAAAGAAAGUUGGAGGAAUUGCUGCUCAGAUACAAGAAUUUAACAGACACACUCUCUGCUUACAGAGGGACUGAAAGAAAGUUGGAGGAAUUGCUGCUCAGAUACAAGAAUUUAACAGACACACUCUCUGCUUACAGAGCUAAAGAUGGUUGUGUCUGCCUCGAAGGCUGGAGAAUACACCAGGGAAGCUGUUACUUCUUCUCCAGUGAGAAGGUGAACUGGCUUCAAAGUCAGGAGUACUGCAUGUCAAAAGGGACACAUCUGGUUAUUAUAAAGAACCAACAGGAACAGGAUUUUCUGUCGUCCAGUAUUCGUGAGACACACUGGAUCGGGCUGAAUGACCGGGAAACAGAGGGACGCUGGGUCUGGGUGGACAACACGACUGUCGACAGCCACGGAACCCAGCACUGGUUUGGAAAGGAACCGGACAACUGGGCCGGGGCUGGGGACCCGAACGGGGAAGACUGCUGCAGUCUAGGGGACCAAAACGGAAAUUUACAUCUCUGGUUUGAUGCUUCCUGUGGAAAAAGUAAAAAAUUUGUCUGUGAAACACAGCCUAGAAUUUGACUUAAUCAGGUAGUCAUGGCACACAAUCAGUGAAUAACAGUUUAUUGUUAACAGUACCUUCUGGUAGCUAAAUUGUGUAUUUUAUGUUACUUUAUAUAGGAACUCUUUUGUAAUUGAGAUGGUGUGACUCAAAGGUCAACCAGGAAGUUUAACCAGGAAGAUAAAUAGUUUUUACUGCACCAUGUGCAACAGCACAUUUUUUUUUAUAUACGCCAUUUUGAGCCUUGGUGUUUUGUUAACUUUUGUCAGCAAAUUGUGUGGCAGCAGUGCAAUUUAUACAAUUAUGUAUAUAUGGGUCAGGAGCUUCAGUUAAUGUUCACAUCAACCAUUAGAAUGGGGAAAAUGCCUGUAAUGAAUGAAACAGAAAACUCCAUUCUAGUCUGCCAAAAGCCUUUUCCACAUUGACACCCAGUUGACUAUCUCUCUCUUUUGAUUCUAUACAAUUUUUCAUUAAAUAUUUUUAAACUUCUCAUUGUUUCUUAUUAAAGCAUUAGUGUUAUUACCUUUUAAGUCUAUUGCAGACUAAUGUCACCUUCAUAAAAUGAUUCUUUCCUACUAAAAUUAUGUUUUGGAA